GGUGGCCUUGAAGUGACAGUGUGCACAGAGGAGCCCCUGCUUUCUGCAGCACAGCUCUCGCAGGGCAACCUCCUGAGCGUCACGCUGGAGGCAGCUUAUUGUGUCCCUGAAGCCUUCGCUCCUGCUGCACCCCAGCAGCACUACAUGGCUUGCUUACAAGUACCAGCAGCUGGGGAGAAGGAACUCCCUGUGCUCUUCACCAAUGGGGUCCUGAAGGCUGCUGGUGAAAAAGAGCCAUUACCCAGGCCCAAAAAAUGGCCCCUGGCCAACGUCCUGGCCCCUGGUGCUCUGAGCAUCCCUGACUCCUUCAUCGUUGGUGGUCCCUACGAGGAUGAGGAUGGAGAGCUCAACAAAAGGGAGGACAGGGAAUUUAGGAUCCAAGCAGAAAGCACAAAGAGGAUCGUGUGGGACACGGAGAGACGUUGUUACCUGGAUCCUGCUGCAGCAGCCACGUGACUUGGCCUCUGCACCCUCUCAGUGCCCUGCUUUGUGCUCAGGCUGCAGCAGCGUAUCGUGGAGUGCUGGUACUGGCCCAUGGAGGUGUGCAGGGUGUCUGUGGCCUCACCCAGCAAAGGGAGAACCAGCAAAGCUGACAAGGGAGAGGAGGGGCAGGUUUCCUUCCAUGGCGUGGCCUUUGUGGACGUGCUGCCCUUGCUGUGCCCAGGUGUGAAGCGGCUCCGAGGUGCUUUCCGUGUCGUCACCUACCAGGACAGCCAGGUGUCUGAGAAGACCAAAUGUCAGCACAGUGUUUUCCGGGAUCUCAGGACGCAGCUCAGGCUGAACAAGGAAGGCUUGUGGACCUCAGGAAUCAGCACCACCCUUUCCAGCACUGUUCCCAGCAAGACUCUGAAGGAAGACAAAGAAAAAAUCACCAAAGAGAAGGAUUCCACCAGAAGGGUGUCCAACGUGCCCAAACCCCAGCUGUCAGAUGGCACCGUGGAAGCUGAAAAUGCCACAUGUGUCAGCCUGAAUGGACAGUACCCAGAAGCAGGGACGUUCCUGGUGGUGGAGAUCAAGCUGGACAAGGCCUUGGUAGCAAAGAGGCUGCCAGAGGAGCUCACCCAGAGGGUGCAGCAGAUGAUCCCUCCUCGGCCUCCGCUGCCGCCCCGGACCACGGGAGCCGAGAAGGCCGUGGAAGAUUACCACAGCCACAUCUCCAGCGUUGCUGCUGCCAUCCUGAGGGAGUGCCACAGGCUGUUUGGGCAGGGGGUGCCCGAGGGGGAAGUGCCAGACCAGCAGACCCUGGGGGCACAGAGGCUCCGGCUCAACUUCGAGCUCAACAGCUCUGGCAAAUACUUUGCUUUUAAGGAACAGCUCAAGUAUGCUGUGGUGAAGAUUGUCAGGGAGAAAUACCUGAAGACCACAGCCUUUGAGACUCAGGAGGAGUUCCAGGCAUUUCUCAGUGAGCUCUAUGUGUACCUUGUGGACCAGAUGCACGUUGCCCUGAACCAGCUGCUGUCUGAGGAAGAUGCUUCUCCUGCCCCUGUGUCCUGCACAACCACAGAGCAGCUCCUGCUCUUUGCUCGUGAAGCUGAAGUCAGCAAGGACUACAAGCUGGCAUCUCUGUACCACCAACAGAGGAUAGCUCAGGACCAGGACAACAUCCAGCCCUGGCUGGACUAUGGUGCAUUCUGCCUCCUGUGUGAGGACACAACCAAAGCCCAGGAGUGCUUCCAGCAGGCUCUUUCUCUGGACCUCCAUCACAUCCCAAGCUUGCUGCUCUGUGGGGUUGUGGCUGCCAUGCUGCAGCACUAUGAAGAGGCAGAGGUUUUCUUUGAGGAUGCCUGCUGCUUGGAGCCAUCCAGCAUCUUAGCCUGGACACUUUCAGGGUUGUUUUAUGAGCUGCAGAACAACAAUGUUCAGGCAGAAGUGGCCUUUCGUGAGGCUAAGAAGCUCCUGCAAGCACAGCUCACCAAGCAGAGGAGCAGCCCUGAGGCUGCUGAGGGAGAAGGAGGGGAAAAGCCCAUUUCUGCUCCAGAGCAGGUCCCAGCCAGCUCAGCUGGUGAAGUGCCAGGGGUGGUGCAGCCUGCCCUGCCCUGUGUGGCACCAGAGGAAGAGGCUGCUGCUGCAGAAGCAGCUCCCAAAGCACCAUCCCCUGGCUCAGGACCCAGCCAGCCUCCCUGCAGCAUCUUCAUGAAGGCAGUGGGAUUCCUGCUGAAAGCCAAUGCCCUCCAGUUUGCUCACAGGGCCCUUGCCCACGAGCUGCUGAGCCCUCAGGGAGGUCCCUCCUGCAGCUACUACCUGGCCCUGGCCCAGACCUACUUGCUGAAGGAAGAUGUGGCCAAGUGUGAAGAAUGCCUUGGGGAGGCCAUGAGGAUGGGCUGCAUGAAUCCAAAUGUCUGGGCUCAGAGAGGGCACCUCUGCUACCUGAAGAGGGACUUUGGCAAGGCAAAGCAGUGCUACGAGCGAGCCAUCAGCUUUGUGGAGGAUGCUGAGGACAUGCACUGCAUCUACCUGCGCCUGGGCUGCAUCCACCUGCAGGAGAAAGAGUAUGGCCGAGCCAAGCAGAUCUACCUGCUGGCCUGCAAGAGCUCUGCGUCCUGUCUCACCUGGCUGGGGGUGGGAAUCGCCUGCUACAGGCUGGUAGAGAUGGUGGAGGCAGAGGAUGCUCUCUCUGAAGCCAAUGCCCUAGAUAACUCCAACGCUGAAGUGUGGGGAUACCUUGCCCUGAUCUGCCUGCAGGGCGGCCGGCAGCUGGAGGCAGAGCAGUGCUACAAGUACACCCUCAAGCUGGGCCUGCGGAACGACGCGCUGCUGCGGGAGAUCCGCGCUGCCCAGCAGCGCCUCGGCUUCGGCGACCCGACCCUCUGA